CAGUUGCUCUCUGGCUUCCGUCCGCAGCAGUCGUGACUGAGAGCAUCGCUCAUUCAUUUUCGAUCGUUACAACUCCAAUCUUUUUUCUUUCCCCGUGGAAAUAUAAGAAAAACAAAAAAACGUCUAAUUAAUUUUGGCGUGAAUAACUCGCGUUCUUCUCUUCAUCUUUGAAUAUUUUUCUUCGUUCUGCCGUGCAACGACUGGAAAGCUUCUCUCGUCAGUUGUGUUGAUUAGCUUUCAAGUGAGUGGGGACUCGCAUUUCUCGACGAUCAUUUACAUAUGGUGGAAGGUGAAGGAGAAGAAGAAAAAAGGCUGGCGGCGGCCGAUUUCCAUCUCGGCACUUGUCUGGCCCGUCUCUCUCAUUCUUUGAUUUUGUGUGGCCAAAAUUGGCUCUGCGUGAGAAAUGAGACCUUGUUAUGACUCGACCGUGCUGUCUAGCUCGUUGUAAAAAAUAUUCUCGACGAGAAGUCGAUAGGAAAUAAUAACGAGUGGCCGAUUGGUUCACAGCGGCUGCUUGUGCGAGUUGUUUGUUAUCGAAACAAUCAGGAGCGGAGACGACAGCAGCCAUCCAGCCAGCGGCGUCUCAACACAAGACUUUGUGUGUGUUGAAUAUAUACUGCUGUAGAAUCCGUGACAUAUACACACACACAGCGUUUCGUUCGAGUGGCCUCAUCAUCAUGAUCGGCAGGCUCUACUCCGUCGUCUUGGCUUUCUCGUUAGUCGCAAUCGGUUGCUGUGACAGCGUCGCCAACGCGAUUUCCACGAACGAAGAAGCUCUCACCAGCAGUGCGGCGCCCAUCGUCGAGUUGGCGGACGGGGCCGUCCAGGCGGCCCAAACCGAGUCGUCGCUACCACCACCGCAGUCCAUGAAUUUGGAGUCGUCGUCAUCUGACCAACAACAACACAAAACGCAGGACGAUCAAAUUCUGGCGCUGAAAGGGCCCAAAUUCGUCCCCGAAGCCUCCAAAAACAUCACGGCUUUGGCCGGUCGCGUCGCUUCGCUGAACUGCCGAAUCAAGAACCUGGACAACUGGACGGUAUCUUGGGUGCGGCACCGUGACGUCAGUUUGCUAACUGUGGCCAGUUAUACGUACUCGUCCGAUCAGCGAUUCCGUGCGGUUCACAAACCUUAUUUCGGAGAGCAGCCGCCGUCAGCGUCGCAUUCCGGGCCGGGUUCGGGCGGCAGCAACGGCGGCAGCAGUAAACCGUUUCAGCAAGUCCAGCACCUCAACAGCGAUCUGGAGAGUCUGACAGACACUUACUCCGAUUGGGGCUUGGAAAUUCACUCGAGCCAGCCGCGUGACAGCGGCAUCUACGAAUGCCAGAUCAGUACGACGCCGCAUCGCAGCCUCUUUGUGCAUCUCAGAGUAGUCGAACCGAGCACGACAGUCCUGGGCGGCAGCGAAGUCUUCGUUGGCAUGGGCAGUACCAUCAAUUUGACGUGCGUCAUCCGACUCAGCCCCGAACCGCCAAACUCCAUUCGCUGGCAGCACAAUAACCAAAUGAUUGGAUACGAUUCAAACCGAGGAGGAGUGAGCGUCGUCACGGAGAAGGGAAUCGAGUCGAGUAGCUCCCUUCUGAUCCAGAACGCUCGGCCAGCCGAUUCGGGGAAAUACGUCUGCAGGCCCGAUAAUGCAGAGCCGGCCACAGUGAACGUUCACGUUCUUAAUGGUGAAUCGCCGGCGGCCAUGCAACAUGGAUGCAGUGCCCGGCAACUGAGUUCGGCGGCGCUGUUCUUCUUCUCCGUUGCCAUGGCAGUGGCGGCCAACGUUAAGGCUCAAAGAAAUAUCUGGUCCUUCAUCUACGGGGUCACGUAAGAUCGACGGCCGGUCAUCGGUACACAGUGAACGCCAGCAGCAGAAACUGACAAGAUUUUUCUCGUUCAUCCCUGAUGCGUUCCUCCUCGUUGGUUGUGUUAGCGUGAGUGUUCCGCGUGAGUGCUGCUGCGUGUGCCCAUCCGAUGUGGACUUGUAUACUCACUAUUUCACUCACCCGAAAAUUGUAGAUGACGAAAGAGGCCGUCAAAAGAUUGUGUUGCUAGUCGAUGACGCAUUCCGUCUGAUUUUCUGCUAUAUACCCCGAAUCUCGAUUGAAAAUCACGACUAUUAAAUCCGUUCAUGUGUGUAUGUACAUAAAAACAAUUACUGAUGAUGAUAUGAUACAAAAUUGUUUCCCCACCAUUGAUGCCCCUUCUCCAUCCCAACUUGCGAUUUUGUUUUCUCCCGAUGGAAAAAAAUGGAACCUGAACCCGCUGGAUCGCAUGACACGUUCUUAUAUUAUUGCGUCAACCAGGAAAAGAUUUUUUGAACAAAGGAUAAACUAUACAACAUUUUCGCUGUAUCGCAUGUGAAUAUAUAUAAACAUUCCAGAAACAAAAGAAAACA